CACAGACAAUCAUGACUCCCUGGAACCUGGAUCAGCCUCCCAAGCAGAACCAGUCCGCCAAAAAGCGCCGGCCAGGCAAGAAGUAUCAGGUCCCCAAACAAUGGUCCAUGUACCCUGCGCUACACGGGAAAGUGCAACAGCGCCUCGCGGACGCGGGCCUCGCUUACUUGACCUUCCAUCCGCAUGAUACCGACACCGGCAAGGUCAGGGACUAUGACACAACCAUCAUGGGCCGCUUCGUCUGUCGCAACCGCAACUGCGAGACGGGCGGGUGGUCGAGCAAAGCCGUCGCCAUCAGGAUCCGCAUGUACCCGGACGGCAAGUACAACGCGCGCGUCUAUCACCAGCGCUGUAGGGGCUGCAAUGCCCUCAGCCGGCCGUUCCUCAACGCAUCGUCCUACGCCGAGCGCGUCGCCUAUCGGCUCAAGAAAUGGCAUGGCAUCCUGGUGACCCCGCCCGCCUACGGGGGCGCUUCCCAAGCUCCUCAUAAUGAGGAGCUGUGCGAGGGCUGUAAGGCGGGUCACUGUUUUGCAGGCAAGCGCUGGCGAGGUGAGGAUGUUGAGGAAUUGAGUACGGCGAUGGCGGCGUUGUGAUCGAAG